AUGAAGGGAUGUGUCUGUCCUGCUCAGCCUGGGCAGCUGGAGGCCUUUACUGGUGGGAACGUCGUCCUUCCCUGCAGUCUGAACCUCCAUCCCAGUGACCAUGUCCAGACGGUGGAGUGGUCCAAACUGGCAGCAGGCCAGAGGCCAGUCGUCGUUUUCCUGUACCGCCACGGCUGCGAAACCUUCGAGAUGAAGGAUCCCGACUUCGAGUAUCGGACGAGCCUCAUCAUGAGAGAGGUGAAGAACGGGAACGUUUCUCUGAGGAUCUCCGGCGUGAAGCCGUCCGAUGGCGGGACGUAUCGGUGCUUAACCAUCCAGAACGACGGCCGCAGACGGGAAGCCAAAGUGGAGCUGGUUGUUGCUCCCUGCGAGGAAUCCACCAUCACAGCCAUUCUGAUAUAUGUUGCUUUAGCAGUUUCAGUUUUAUUUAACCUACUGUUGGGGUUGUAUUUGUUGGUAACAAAGAAGCGAAUUAAUUCAGAUGGAGAAAAACCAUCAGAGCAAAAGGACAAGUUGGACCAAACCAUGACGACUGACUUCAGUGAAUCCAACUCCUUUCUGAACCAGCUGAGUCUGACUGAAAACAGGCAAAACAGCAUCCUGGAGGAGCUGAACAAGCAGAGGCGCAAAGCGGACACCAUCCAAAUAGACGACAGCCGUUCCUGGAACCGUCCUGCCUGCCAGCACAACCAUCCAACAACCAGCCAGAGCUCCACCGGAUCGUCUCUGGAUUCCUGGGAAACCCGAUCUCUGAUGUCUGAUCCCGAUCCUGACGCUGAGGCGGAAAACUCACCGGGAGAUCAGGAGCCAAACUGGGCCUGUUCCUGACCUGAAACAUCUGUCCAGCUGUCCAAUAGGAGCAACACAAACACAGUCAGCAGAUUGACUCAGCUGCACACAAAUUCAUACACUGAUGGGUAGAAAACUUUGGGUUGAGAGCCUUACCAUGGGCACACUGACAUAUAGCAGUUAAUUUAUGGGAUGUGAUUCAUCUCAAACCUCCUUUUGGACUAAUUUAAAGAUGACUUGAACUUUUAAAAUCCUAAAUUAAUAUAUUAUGACUGAUCUUCAGGUGUAAAUAAAAGCAUGUUCCUGAAUGUUUCUAAGAAACUGAAUGACGGAUGGCAUGCUGCAACUUGUUUUUGAUUGAAGCUUUUGAUGGUUAAAUUUCAUGAAGGUCAGAUUAAAAGUUUAAACUGGACUGAACAAAUUUUAGCUUCCAGGGUUUAUUAUUCAUUUAUUGAUGAUAAAGUGAAUUUAUAAAGGUACCCUCAACCUCGUCCGCACUAGAACCUUUUAUUUCUACAAUGGGUCGUAGUUUUCAAAACACUUUUCAGAAAAAAUUUUAACAAUAAACUGUCCCAAAACAUAAUUUUUACUCCUCCAGACCUGUAAGUGACUCUAGUUAAGGCACACAGGACUUUCACAUAAUGGCUCCUCACAAGAUUCGUAGUAAAUGGAACAAGAAAACAAGAAAGGUGAACAAGAAAUCACAAGUAGAGUCUUGUGCAGUAUUUUUUUAGAGCUGUGGCUAGAACCUUAUUAAAGGUUCUGCAACCAUGUCCACGGAGAUGUAAUAGGUGAGGUUAAAGGUCAGACUAACACGUCUUCACAAAAGAUUUGCUUUCACUGACCACAAGAAAAUGUCAGGGCAGAAUUUACAAACUGCAAUCUGUUAUUUUGUUUUACAUU